AUGGCUGGCUUGGAGGUGUCUGUGGAUGAGAUGAAAUUAACUCAUACUGGAAAACAUGUCUUCGGCAAGGACAUACUGCCUAACCGUAUUCUGACCUUGCAGGGCCACCCCGAAUACAAUGAAAGCAUCAUGACCUGCCUGCUGAACACCAGGAAUAAUCGGGGUAUUUUCGGUGAUGAAACUUACAGAAGCGGAAUGGCGAGAGCUGGAAAUCAGCAUGAUGGAGAAUUUGUGGGAAAG